CCACCAACAAUUAACAAUUUAAAUUACAUCUCAUCAAAACGUAAAAUGUCAACAAUUAUAUUUAUGUUAAUCAUUGGAAUUGAAAUUUAUUGGUCAACAUCAAUAUCAACAACAAUUAGACAGCAAUUAGUUUUCACCGAUUUAAUUGUAAAACUAAUCACUCUCUUAAUCAAAUACUAUUCAAUUAUAAUUACAUGGUCACUUCAUGGUCCAUUUUUAAUUGAACUAUCAAUACUAAUUUCAGCUUCAUUUAAUCACAUUAAUCAGUUAAUUGUUUCACUUUCAAAUGAUCAAACUAAGACUGACAAUUUAUCCCAAACAAUUAACAAAAUCCGUUCAACUCAUAACAAAAUCAUCGAGUUAACAAUUAAAGUAAAUUCAAUGUUCAAACGAAACAUAUUGAUAAUUUAUCCAAUCAACUUGCUCCAAUUAAUAGUUAAUAUCAACUCGCUAAUUGUUAAUCAUCAAAUCUCCUGGAGAUUAGUUAAUCUUAAUCACUUUCCAUUAAUUUAUUACUCAAUUGCACCGAUAUUCAUAAUCCAUGUAACCUUAAGGUUACUUGAAGUUAAUUGUAAUUCCUUUGCAAGUUUAAAUCAAAUUUACAAUCUAUCUCACCGAGAACAAUUAACAAUUAAAAGUAAAUAUGAAAUUGGUUACUUUCUAUUUCGUAUCAACGAUAAAAACAUUGGAUUUACUUUCUGGAAAUUAAUGAUAAUCGGUCCAAAUUUUUUCUCAUCUAUGAUUACCUUAAUUGUUACAAUGAUUAUCUCAUUACCUUUGAUUGAAAAUUUAAUCUAAUUAAAUAAAUACAACCAAACAAUCAUCGAGUUAAUUGUUACAAUCA